AACAUGGCGCGCUCCUAGAAGCUGCUUUCGGCCUCAGAAGAAGGCAGCGGGGACCUCGGCGCGUGGAAGGCUGUGCACUGCACGAGUUCAACUGACUUCGCGCGGCGCGGCGUGGAGGGAGUGGGCGAGCCAGGGCAGGACAGGGCAGAGCCUAACGGUUUCCAUGGAUCUCGAUAGUGCCAGCACUAUUGUUCUUCACGUCUUAACUCAGGCCACCAGUCAAGAUACUUCAGUAUUGAAACCAGCUGAAGAACAGCUAAAACAGUGGGAGACACAGCCAGGUUUCUACUCAGUGUUGUUGAAUAUUUUUACAAACCAUAUUCUGGAUAUAAAUGUAAGGUGGCUAGCCGUGCUGUAUUUUAAAAAUGGAAUUGAUCGUUAUUGGAGACGUGUAGCACCACAUGCUCUUUCAGAGGAGGAAAAAGCUACAUUGCGAGCAGGACUCAUCACCAAUUUCAAUGAGCCAGUAAAUCAGAUUGCAACUCAGAUUGCAGUACUAAUUGCAAAAGUUGCUAGAUUGGAUUGUCCCAGACAUUGGCCAGAACUGAUUCCUACCCUAAUAGAAUCUGUGAAAGUCCAAGAUGAUCUUCGUCAGCACAGAGCAUUGCUUACUUUCUAUCAUGUCACUAAGACCCUGGCAUCCAAAAGACUGGCUGCAGACCGGAAGCUCUUCUAUGAUUUAGCAUCUGGAAUUUAUAGUUUUGCCUGUUCCCUGUGGAAUCAUCAUAUGGAUACAUUCCUGCAACAUAUUUCUACUGGAGAUGAAGCUGCUAUUUUAAAUUCAUUGGAAAGAACACUACUAUCAUUGAAAGUGCUUCGUAAACUAACUGUUCAUGGAUUUGUAGAACCUCACAAGAAUAUGGAAGUGAUGGGUUUUCUACAUGGAAUUUUUGAGCGUCUAAAACAAUUUUUGGAAUGUAGUAGAAGUAUAGGCACAGAUAAUGUAUGUAGAGACAGACUGGAAAAGACCAUCAUUCUUUUUACUAAAGUGCUUUUAGACUUCUUGGACCAACAUCCUUUUUCUUUUACUCCUCUCAUUCAACGAUCACUGGAGUUUGCAGUAAGCUAUGUUUUUACAGAAGUUGGCGAAGGAGUCACAUUUGAGCGAUUCAUCGUUCAGUGUAUGAAUCUAAUUAAAAUGAUAGUCAAAAAUUAUGCUUAUAAGCCAUCAAAAAAUGUUGAAGAUAGCAGUCCUGAAACUCUUGAAGCACAUAAAAUUAAGAUGUCUUUCUUCACAUACCCAACUUUGACAGAGAUAUGUAGAAGAUUAGUUACUCAUUAUUUUCUGCUAACAGAGGAAGAGCUGACAAUGUGGGAAGAAGAUCCAGAAGGCUUUACUGUGGAAGAGACAGGAGGAGAUUCUUGGAAAUAUAGUUUAAGGCCUUGCACUGAAGUGCUGUUUAUAGACAUAUUCCAUGAAUAUAAUCAGACUCUUACACCUAUACUUUUAGAAAUGGUACAGACAUUGCAAGGGCCAACCAAUGUGGAAAAUACCAAUGGAAUACUGAUUAAAGAUGCUGUUUAUAAUGCAGUUGGAUUGGCUGCUUAUGAAUUAUUUGAUAGUGUGGAUUUUGAUCAAUGGUUUAAAAAUCAGUUGCUGCCAGAAUUAAGAGUUAGUCAUGAUAGGUAUAAACCAUUGCGACGCAGAGUAAUUUGGCUAAUUGGACAGUGGGUUUCUGUGAAAUUCAAGUCUGACAUGAGACCCAUGUUAUAUGAGGCAAUUUGUAAUUUACUUCAAGAUCAAGAUUUAGUGGUCCGAAUCGAAACAGCUACAACUCUCAAGUUAACUGUUGAUGAUUUUGAGUUUAGAACAGAUCAGUUUCUGCCGUAUUUGGAAACCAUGUUCACCCUACUUUUUCAACUACUUCAGCAAGUUACAGAAUGUGACACAAAGAUGCAUGUUUUACAUGUCUUGUCUUGUGUGAUUGAAAGAGUUAAUAUGCAGAUACGUCCCUAUGUAGGAUGUUUGGUUCAAUAUUUGCCCUUACUUUGGAAGCAGAGUGAAGAACAUAAUAUGCUCAGAUGUGCCAUUUUGACUACUCUUAUUCAUCUUGUUCAGGGAUUAGGAGCAGACAGCAAGAACUUGUAUCCUUUCCUGCUCCCAAUUAUUCAACUGAGUACAGAUGUUUCCCAGCCACCACAUGUUUAUCUUCUGGAAGAUGGUUUAGAAUUAUGGUUAGUUACAUUGGAGAACAGUCCAUGUCUUACACCAGAGCUACUUAGAAUCUUUCAGAAUAUGUCCCCACUUCUUGAACUAAGUUCAGAAAAUCUCAGAACCUGCUUUAAGAUCAUCAAUGGUUAUAUUUUUUUGUCGUCAACAGAAUUUUUACAGACAUAUGCAGUAGGUCUGUGUCAGUCAUUUUGUGAGCUGUUAAAGGAAAUUACCACCGAAGGACAAGUUCAAGUGCUUAAGGUAGUGGAAAAUGUUCUUAAAGUGAAUCCAACUUUAGGACCUCAAAUGUUUCAGCCUAUUUUACCAUGUGUGUUCAGGGGGAUUAUAGAUGGAGAGAGAUAUCCUGUGGUGAUGUCUGCUUAUCUUGGAAUUAUGGGCCGAGUUCUGUUGCAAAAUACUAGUUUCUUUUCUUCACUUCUAAAUCAGAUGGCACAUAAGUAUAACCAGGAGAUGGACCAACUUCUGGGUAAUAUGAUUGAAAUGUGGGUUGAUCGCAUGGACAGUAUUACCCAACCAGAAAGAAGAAAACUUUCUGCUUUGGCAUUACUUUCACUUCUGCCAUCUGAUAAUGGAGUCAUCCAGGAUAAAUUCUGUGGCAUUAUUAACAUUUCAGUGGAAGGCCUACAUGAUGUCAUGACAGAAGAUCCUGAAACAGGAACUUAUAGAGACUGCAUGUUGAUGUCUCAUUUUGAAGAGCCCAAAGUAGCAGAGGAUGAAGAGCCACCUACAGAACAGGACAAGAGAAAGAAAAUGCUUGCUCUUAAGGAUCCUGUACACACGGUGUCACUGCAGCAGUUUGUCUACGAGAAGCUCAAAGCACAGCAGGAAUUGCUGGGAGAGCAAAGCUUUCAGUCUCUCAUGGAGACAGUGGAUACAGAAAUUGUUAACCAAUUACAAGAAUUUUUACAGGGCUUCUGAAAGCCCAGAUGGAACAUUGGGUGACUAACUCUCUCUUCCCAAAAUAAGACGAAAUACCAAGCUUACUGAGAUGGAGCUGACAUGCUAAAGAAAUCAGUUGUGAAAGAAAGUAAAGAAGCAGAGAUAACAAAGCCAAUUUUUUGGUUUCAACAUUGGGAAAAAGUGGAAAAGGCUUCAUAAUGAGAGUUUACAAACCUGUUCCUCAAGAGAGUAGUUUUGUAUUGGGGGGAUUGGGUGGGGGGACCUGGAGUUUGCAAAAGGAAAUGUGUUCAUUGAAAAUAGCUGCUUAGUUUAUUGUUAAGAGAAGAAAAUGGUUUUGACUAUCCUUUAAUCAUGUACUCUUAACACAUAAAAAGAAGCAAAGGUUAAUGUUUAAUGUCUGAAAUGUUUUCCUGCAGCAAAAAUUAGCUCAAGUUGGUGACUGCCUUACCCAUUUUUUAAGUGAAUGAAACUACAGAUUUUUUUUUUUAAAUGGCAAAGCCAUUUUUGGAUAUAAUUGGAGACUAAGAAAUUUGGUCAUUAGGUAAAAAAAUAUAUAUAUAGAGAGAGAGAGAUAUAUAUUCCUAAGAUUAUCUUGAAAGACAAAUGUUUUCAUCUAAAAAAAAAAAAAAGAAAAAGAAAGCCAGUUAUAUCAUCCAAAUGCUUUUAUUUUCAUUGUACUAAUCUGAUAUAGGGACUGUUGUUAGUAAAGGGAUAUUUUUCUCAUUUUAUUUUCAGGAAACACACUUAGUCUUUAACUGUACUGUAAGGCCUCCACAAUGAACUUGGGAUACUGCAGUGUCAGGUAGGAGACCUGAGUUCACUGUUCACUCACUUCCUUUUUAUUAAUUAUUAGGGCUAGUAACCCUAUUGUGAGCCCUAGGAAAACUAAGGGGCUAACUAUAGACCAUCCUCAAGAAAAGAAAUAAGUUGUCCAGGGGGUACCUGUCUCACCUUCCUAAACUGCAAAGGGAACAGAUAUGAGUUGGGGCCUUAAAAGAUGCUGGGACGGUCAGAAGGCAGUAUAAGAGAUCAUAUAUAUAGUGAUGCAAAGUCUGCCUUCCUACUCCUCAGAGAAUAUGUAGUACCAAAAAAGAAAAAAAAAAAAGUAAAAAAGCCUUAUUUUGUUUUACUUCCCCUGUUGUAAGAAACCUUUAAAACUUUUUUUAGGAAACGUUCUAAAUUAAGGAUAGGAAAAUUUUGAUCUUUCUAUAGAAAGUUGGGUACAGUAUGUAACUGUAGGGAACCCAGUGCCCCUUUGUAAGCUGUGGAACCCAGAAUAUGUUCGAGUAUUUGAUGUUUUCAGCAAGACAAAGAACGUUUUUGGUCUCAUUAAAGUUCCAAAGAUACCUCAUCUCUGUCUGAUUUAAUUUGAUUGGUUGCUUUCUCUCUCUUUCCCUCCUUUCCUCCUUCCCAACCCAAAUGGCAAUUUCAUAACAAAUUUCACAAGGAAUUUCAAGCAUAUGCCUCAUUUCACAACUCAGUAGGAAAAUAAAAGGUAGUGUGACAGAUUGUCAAUGCUGUAUUAGCAAAUCCCUGUGACACCUAGAGCUUGCUAUUUCAUUUAAUCACAAAAGGCUUCUUAAUCUGGACUGCAUUCCACAUCUUUUCUACCUCUUAUCAUCCAAUUUAAGAUUGCUCCAAAUGGAAUCUGUUAAUUUGACAUGACUUGAUUAUGUUGGAUAAACUUUCUCCUAAUCUGAAUAGAAAUGACCUAAUAAGCUCUUUAAAAAUAAUCCUCAGAUCUCAGAUUAAUAAAUUUUCAAUGAAGCCAAAGGACAGUGUCUCAAAAGUCUUAAGCCUUAAUAACUUGAAAUUGUAUUAAGACUUUUGGGAUACAAUAUAUUUAAAAAUAUUUUGCAAACAGCGCUUUUAACUUAAUAUAGUAUCAGAUAGGACUUGAGUUUUCAGAUACAAUUUGCAAUUUUAUUACAUACCAAAAAAUUUUUUAAUUCCAUAAAAUUGUCUUGUUCCAUAGUUUUUGUAAUACUCAAUUAAACACAAAUUUUUUUUGAAGAAAUUUUUCUCCAAAUAUUGAAAGAUUAACAUUUUUCUAAUUCAAAUUCCUUUUACUGACCCCUUGACAGGAUGUCCAAGAAGCCACAUUUAAAAAAAAAAAAAAAAAAAAAAAAAAAAAAAACUUUGAUUAUAAGGUAUUCCCUGUCUGUCCUGUCACUACAGAAACAGUCCUGUUGAUACUUAUAAAAACACAAAUUAUUUUCUAAUUUUCCCUGAAGUCCUGGCCAUAGCUUAAAGGUAAAUACUGAUAGAAGUCCUGCCUAUCUAUUACAUCACUUAAUUUUUUUUUUUUUUUGAAUUGACUUUUUUUUCUAUUCCCUGCUCUGAGCCCCAUUCCAUUGUGAGCUGGUAGAAAUACAGAGAAGAGGUAGCUCAGGCAUGCUAUCUUUCUUGUUUCUCUGUGUAUCCCUAUGGGACAAGGUCUCCCCGCCCUAGUCCACUUCCCCUUGAUGCCUUGUCCAUUCUUCAAGCAUGUGGUCAGUAGUCAGAAUACCUAAACCAGAGAAUACUAUAUGUGAAUUCAUUUGUAUGAUUCUCAUCCCUUCAACUUUAUGGAAGCAAAGAUUAUAUACUGGAUGACCUGUGAUGGCUCUUUAUAAGCCUAUUAUUCACUUAUUGAAGGUACUUUUCAUAUUCUACCUUUGAAUCAUAUCCAAUUCAAAACUAAAUAGCCAUCACCUUCUGCAAGCUUCUGGUUUGAUGAGUAACUGAUUCUUUCACAAAUUACAUCUUGGUUUGGUUUGUUUCCUUAAGCCUCAUCACAGAGGAAGAUCUAUAUGGGAAAGCCUUUUAAAAUAGAAAGCAUACCAAGAAUAAUAAUAUGUCUAGAUAUUAAGAACUUGAAAGUAGUUUAGAAGAUGAUAAAAUUCCUAGACAAAUCCUGACAAGAAAGGUAGUUUUUGACAGAAGUUUUUAUUACAGACUUCAUCAUCAAUAUUUUGCAGCAGAAUAAGGCAAACUUUCUGUGAUAAGGUAAGGGUGUAUCCCUGCAUCUUAUCCUUUAGCUUUCAUUAGUUUAAACUUCUUGAAUUUAGGAGAACAUCCUUCGGGAAUUGAAUGUCCUUCUUGGAUGUUGCUAAUGAAAGCUCACUUACUUUAAUGUGUGAUUAAAAUAGUGUCAUUUUGUUUCUGCCUAAUCUGAAAGCAUCAAAUCAAAUACUGAGAUUUUGACUUAUUGGGUGUUAAAUAUACCAACAGUUGUCAAAGCAUCAGGAAUAAUGCAAGCCGAAAACUCAAAUACUUGACAAUUCCCCCCCCCCCCAAAAAAAAA